AUGAGUGAGUUAGACCAACUUCGGCAAGAAAGUGAACAACUCAAGAAUCAAAUUAGAGAAGCAAGAAAAGUAGCAGCUGACACAACCCUAGCACAAGCCGCUGCAAAUGUCGAUCCAGUUGGACGCAUUCAAAUGCGAACUCGUCGCACUCUCAGAGGCCAUCUGGCUAAAAUUUACGCCAUGCAUUGGGCCACCGACUCACGUAAUCUCGUUUCAGCUUCACAAGAUGGCAAAUUGAUCGUUUGGGACGGUUAUACAACUAACAAAGUACAUGCCAUUCCCUUACGAAGUAGCUGGGUCAUGACCUGUGCGUACGCUCCCUCUGGGAGUUAUGUUGCUUGUGGUGGAUUGGACAACAUUUGCUCCAUUUAUUGUCUCAAAACACGAGAAGGGAAUGUUCGAGUGAGCCGUGAAUUACCCGGACACACUGGCUACCUCUCCUGUUGUCGAUUUUUGGAUGAUAAUCAAAUCAUCACUAGCUCUGGUGAUGUUACCUGCGCUCUUUGGGAUAUAGAGACCGGGCAGCAGGUUUGCGGUUUCACCGGCCACACUGGCGAUGUCAUGAGUCUCAGUCUCUCGCCGGACAUGCGUACUUUCGUUUCGGGUGCUUGUGAUGCUUCCGCUAAGUUGUGGGACAUACGGGAUGGUCAAUGCAAGCAGACAUUCCCGGGUCAUGAGUCAGACAUCAACGCCAUCACCUUCUUCCCCUCUGGCUUCGCCUUCGGCACAGGAUCGGACGACGCUACCUGUCGUCUCUUCGAUAUACGUGCCGACCAGGAGGUGGGUAUGUUUUCACACGAUAAUAUCAUCUGCGGCAUCACGAGUGUCGCUUUCAGUAAGUCUGGACGCCUCCUUCUGGGUGGAUAUGACGACUUCAAUUGCAAUGUCUGGGACACUCUCAAACAGGAUCGGGCUGGUGUUCUCGCGGGUCACGACAAUCGUGUCAGUUGCCUGGGCGUUUCAGAAGACGGUAUGGCAGUUUGCACGGGAUCCUGGGACAGUUUCCUUCGAAUUUGGAAUUAG